UCUAUAGUUUAGAGCAGGUCUAGAUCGUCCUCUAUAGUCUAGAGCAGGUCUAGUGUUCACUCUGUGGUCUGAACCAGAACCAGACCACAGCCGGGUCUCCCUGCUCUGACUGCAGAAGCCAAAUGUUCAGAUGGUAAACUGUGUUUCUAAUAGAACAUGAAGACAACGUCUCCUCUGUUCCAGCUGCUCUCAGUCGUCCUCGUCCUCCUGGCUCCACUGGUGAUCAGCUGCCAGCAGCUCGUCCUCCCUCUGGACUGCAGCGACAUCUAUAAUCAUGACCAGAGCCGACCCAGCGGAGUGUACACCAUCUAUCCCAUCGGAUCCACGUCUGCUGUCCAGGUGUACUGUGACAUGGACUCACUAGACGGACGGUGGACGGUGUUCCAGAGGAGGAUGGACGGCUCGGUGAACUUCUACAGGCCCUGGGACCACUACAAGAUGGGCUUUGGUAGCGCUGCUGGAGAGUACUGGCUGGGUCUUGAGAAUCUCUUCCAGCUGACUCUGAGGAAAAGGUACGAGCUGCUGGUCGACAUGGAGGACUUCAUUGGGAACAAAGUGUUCGCUCGUUACUCCUCGUUCGCCAUCGACCCAGAGUCCAACGGAUACACACUGCAUGUGUCUGGAUUCACUGAUGGAGGAGCAGGAGACUCCCUGAGUGUUCACAACGGGAUGAAGUUCUCCACCUUCGACAAAGACCAGGACACCUCUGAUGCGAACUGUGCCAGACAUUACCUGGGGGCGUUCUGGUAUGUUGGCUGUCACUCUACAAACCCCAACGGGGUUUAUCGUUGGGGAGCUGACAGCACUCUCCAUGCUGUUGGAGUGGAGUGGGCCUCUUGGAAGGGUUAUAACUACUCCCUGAAGACCAUCAGCAUGAAGAUCCGUCCGGUGCAGUAGUUCACCAGGACCAACGUACAGCAGAAUAUCAGCUGAUGAUGACAACAUGUAAUGUAACGUUGGAGGUUUGAACCCUGAUGUGAAUCAUUAUCUGCUGUAAGGUGACAAUAAAUGAGAAGCUGAGCAGAAA